GGAGGACUUCUGCAGCACAGCUCCCUUCCCAAGACGUGAAAAUCUGCCUUCUCACCAUGAGGCUUCUAGUCCUUUCCAGCCUGCUCUGCAUCCUGCUUCUCUGCUUCUCCAUCUUCUCCACAGAAGGUAAGAGGCAUCCUGCCAAGGCCUGGUCAGGCAGGAGAACCAGGCUCUGCUGCCACCGAGUCCCUAGCCCCAACUCAACAAACCUGAAAGGACAUCAUGUGAGGCUCUGUAAACCAUGCAAGCUUGAGCCAGAGCCCCGCCUUUGGGUGGUGCCUGGGGCACUCCCACAGGUGUAGCACUCCCAAA